AUGGCUGAUUUCUCUGACGAAGACCAUCAUCAGUUCGCCUUCGAGUCCUCGCCAGAGAGUGAAUCAGAUGGUGACUCUGACGUGACCCUUCCCAUGCCUGCGCCGGCAGAGGCAGCAGCAGCAGUGGCGGCAGGGCCUCUUUCUGUGAACCCCGGGGUUGAUGUGGGCUUGCCAGAUUUGCUCAUUGAAGAACCGUUUUUCUGCCCGACGGAGUGGAAGAAGCUCAUGCGACAGGACUGGAAGAACACCUUGGCAGUGAAUAUUCUUGGGACUGUCACCGUGCAGUGUCAAAAUGAAGCUGCAAUUGAACUGCCAUCCCUGACUUCCUUCUGCAGCUCAGUGGAGCCUUUGUCAAAGAGUUCAUUUUUUCAGAAGAACCGCUGGGAACAGCUCUACAAGUUUACGGAUGUGCAGCCAGUUCUGCAACUGUCUUCUUCAGCAUUCAACGAAACCUUGACCAUGCCAGAUGAUUCUGACGAAGAGUCUGCCCCAGCACCCUUUGAUGCAUUGUUGGUUGAACAGGCUCACUUUGUUUGCUCUGCAGCUAUUCACAAUGCAGGACUUCUACCAAAUGAGACCAACAACCGACUCGCCAGCUGGCUGUUGCAACACGGUAUUGCAAACAAGUUGGAUGAUGGCAGAAUGGUUUUGUCCCGUGAUGCAAUCAGCUAUGGAGUACGUGCUUCUUCAGCAGUACUGGAGAGAAGCCUUAGAUCUGCUGAGCUCAAAUCCAGUCUCGAGACUCAAUCUGAUCUCAGUCAAAGUGGCUGGAUUUUUGUGGAUUCUCUUCAAGAGGCUUCUGUGCGACAUCGGAAGUGCCUGCGGGAAAACCCAAAGUUUUACUUUACCUUAAUCACAAACUUUGCCGACAUGCUUGAGGAGCGUGAGCAAAGUGGAUACUUCCACCACAAACAGAGUGCCGAGUACUACAAAACUAUCGAGCUGGCCUUAGUUGUCCAUCCAGACAUGCUUGUCACAGUUCCGACCUACAAACCUGCUCGGUACUAUACACAGCUUCAAAAUUUUCUUCAAGACGAGCCAGGCGUGGAAGAUCCUCGUGAGUUCUUUGAAGGUGCAAAGCAAACGGCGAAAAGGAGGCGUCGCGCUACAUCAAAUCAAGUUCGAACUACACAGCGUUUGAGUGCUGCUGCAGCUGAGCCAUCUCAGCUUGUGGACUUACUGUCAGACUCAUCUGAGCUCUCUGACAAAGGAGCUCCUGAUUUUUCUUCAGAUGCUGCCUUCCACAACCGCAUGGAAACUGAUGCUGAGGAACAGGUGCAGUUCAUUCAAGCUCUCCAAGAACGCUACGAUUGGAAGGAUGAGGACUAUGAGGCUGAAUGGGAGGCCGCUAAGUCAAACCCGAAUGCUGUUUGGGCGAAUGACAGCUACAAUGAACCUGUGUGCUCGUUGUUGACCAUCACUGCUGCAAGUUCUUCCCGUGAACUUAGCCACAGCAAAAUCGUCGGCAAGAGCCGCAGUGUUGAAGAAGAAGAUUUGGCGGACGCUUUCAAUAGUGUGAAUCACUUCCAGCAGAUGCCAGCCUUGCCAGGGCUGAAUGCACCUCUUGCUAUUUGUGCCCCCAAAGGGAAAGCCAAAGCCAAACCCCGAGCCAAGAAGGGUAAGGGCAAGGGUAAAGGUCAGAUGGGGGAAGAGAAUGAACAUCCAGAGGAUGACGGCAAACGCAAGCGAGUUCGUGAUGAAGAGCUCUUCCAGCUUGAUUUGAAGCGUCAGCAAAUUUGUUUGCAACGCAGUACAGCAACUUGGUAG